CCCUCCCCUCCCCUCCCCUCCCCUCCCCCAAGAUGGCGGGCUGCGCGGGGCUGCGCUUCUGGGCCUCCUGCUUCCGCUCCUCGCCAGCCCGGCUCUACCACAAGAAGGUGGUCGACCAUUACGAAAACCCUCGGAACGUGGGCUCUCUGGACAAGACGGCCAAGAACGUGGGCACCGGGUUGGUGGGGGCCCCCGCCUGUGGUGACGUUAUGAGGCUGCAGAUUCAGGUGGACGAGAAGGGGAAGAUCGUCGAGGCCAGAUUUAAAACCUUCGGCUGCGGGUCCGCCAUCGCCUCCAGCUCCCUGGCCACUGAGUGGGUGAAAGGAAAAACGGUUGAUGAAGCUUUGACCAUCAAAAACACAGAUAUCGCUAAGGAGUUGUGCCUCCCUCCAGUGAAACUGCACUGCUCGAUGCUAGCUGAAGAUGCCAUCAAAGCCGCGCUGGCAGACUACAAACUGAAGCAGGAUCCUAAAAAGGGAGGGGAGGCAGAAGAGAAACCUCCCAGCGCAUAGAACCCCCCAACCACGCCCUCCCCACCCACCCCCCGGCCCACCCGGCGUUUGCAGUGUCCUCGGCCCGUAGUUGUUAGACCUGUUCAGAAGCCUCUGCACCACAGCACAGAAGCCGAAAGACACAUCAUAUCGCACAGUGAUUCUAGCGCACGUGAAAUGCCUCGCUUCAUCCAGAGCCCCAACCGUCCCGGCUGACUGGGGCCCGGAGAAAUCCGGGCAUCCGGAAGCCUUCCAAUCGAAAAGGGGGCCCAGGUAAAACUUUAACGAGCUCCUCGGGGAGCUCUGGGUCUGAAAGGGAGGGGUUGUCGUUAGAGCGAAUAAAGAACCUGGUGCUGGAACCUACUGUUGGAAAAGGGUCCGUUGUUUAAGACCGUUUGCCUGGAUUUGGGGUGUUGGAAGAAAUAAAUUGUAUAUAAGAGCUCUGCAUAUCUAUAAUUUAAUAUAAUAAACUCAUGUGUGUGAAAGUCA